UGUUGACGGACGCACGUUGUCGGCGCUGUGGAGCGCGUCGUGGAUCGCUCAGUGAAGUUGAAUGAGCGCAGCCAUCGGUCUUUAACCGCCCGCAGUAUGUCGUCGUCAUUGAUCAGAAGAGGACUGGAGCUGCUAAGUGACGAUAUCCGAGACAUUGGUAAGGGUAAGAAGAGCCAAGCCAAGAAGACCCCAAACAAGGCAAAGGCGAUGGAGCUAGUCAGCACCAAGCGGCAUGGAGUCACCAAGCAGGUCAAAAGACUGCAGGGCGUCCUGGGUUCCAACAAGAGUAAAGCAACAGUUAAAGAUAAGAGGAUCAAGUCUGCCGUGGAGGAGUACAGGAAGAAGCAGAGCAAAAGUCGUAUGAGUGCUAACCUUAAGUACUUUCUGAGAACUAGCUGCAAUGCCACUAAUUCUGACACCAAUAAGAUUCUGCACCACAACACUGGGAGGCAGUCCAGGAAUCGUCCGGACCGUCCCACCAAGAAGGCCGCCAAGCCCCAGUCUUUGUUCACGGAGGAGGAAUUCCAGCAGUUCCAGAAGGAAUAUUUUGGAAGGACUGUGGAGCAGGAAAAAUAAAGCACACCUGAGAACACCAUAUUCUCAGUGGAUCCACACCAGGGUUUUGUG